AACCGAGUCGAGUCCGUCCCUUCCAGCCACCACGCGACGUCGCCCUCCACCAUGGCCAAGAAAAAGUCCCGACCGCUCGAGAAUGAGGACGAUGGAGGCGCUGAGGAGGAGGAGCCAGACUUCAGCGAUCCGGAAGACUUCGUGGAUGAUAUUACCGACGAAGAAUUGCUUGGCGACUUGCUUCGCCAGAAGCCUAAGGAGACAGAUGGUGUGGAAUCAGUCAUCAUUGUUGAUGGUGUCCCAUGUGUAGGAGCUGAGCGCUUGGAGAAGCUGAAGAACGUCGUUCGCAAGAUCUUCAAGGAGUUUGGCACCAUCAUCAAUGAGUUCUAUCCCACAGGCGAAGAUGGCAAGACAAAAGGAUACAUAUUCCUGGAGUUCAAGGACCGUAGUUCUGCCGAUGAAGCUGUCCGCCAACGCAACAACUACAAGCUGGACAAACAGCACACUUUCCAGUGCAACUUGUUCACUGACUUUGAUAAGUAUGAUAACAUACCUGAGGAAUUUGUUCCUCCUCCUGCACAGCCUUACAAGGAUUUAGGCAACAUGCACUACUAUCUCCUUGAUGAUAACUGCUUUGAUCAGUAUUCCAUCAUCCUGGACGGAGGCACAACUACUGCGAUAUACCUCAACGCUGUCCCUGAACCUGUUGAGAUUGCAAAGAGGGAGAGGUGGACAGAAACUUAUGUCAGAUGGUCUCCAAGAGGCACAUACCUUGCCACGUUCCAUGGCAAAGGUAUUGCUCUUUGGGGAGGUGAGGAAUUCCGGCAGGUGUCCAAGUUCAGUCAUCCAGGUGUACAGUUUAUCGACUUCUCACCAUGUGAAAAGUAUAUUGUGACCUUCUCACCUGUGGUUGAUCAGAGAGCAGAAGAGCCCCAGUCUAUCAUUAUUUGGGAUGUCCGUUCUGGUUUGAAGAAGAGAGCUUUCAAUGCUGAGAGACCACCAGUCUGGCCUGUAUUCAAAUGGUCAAAUGAUGACAAGUAUUUUGCCAGAAUUGUUGAAGAUGCUCUCAGUGUUUACGAGACUCCUUCCUUUGGUCUCCUAGACAAGAAGAGUAUAAAGGUGCCAGGUAUCAAAGAAUUCGGCUGGUCUCCAACAGACAAUAUCCUGGCUUACUGGAUUGCUGAAGACAAGGAUGUCCCUGCAAAGGUGUCCUUGGUGUCCAUACCCAGCAGGGAAGAGAUCCGUACGAAGAACCUGUUCAAUGUAGCAGACUGUAAGAUGGUCUGGCAGAAAUGUGGUGACUACCUCUGCGUCAAGGUGGCUAGGUAUGCCAAGGCCAAGCGCGAGAGGAAUGACAUCAAGUACUCUGGUAUCUACUACAACUUUGAAAUCUUUCACAUGAGGGAGAAAGGCAUCCCUGUGGACAGCUUGGAGAUCAAGGAGAACAUUCAGGCAUUUGCAUGGGAGCCUGUAAACAACAAAUUUGGCAUCAUAACAGGAGAGCCUCCUUCAGUGAAUGUGUUGUUCUUCCAAGUUAAUAAGGGUCAAGCCCCAUCUGAGCUGAAGCGACUGGAAAAGAGGCCUUGCAACAAUCUCUUCUGGUCCCCACAAGGACAAUUUGUGGUGCUCGCUGGCCUGCGCAACAUGAGUGGAGCCCUGGAGUUUGUUGACACUAAGGAUUUCCAGAUCAUGAUGAGUACUGAACAUUUCAUGGCCACCGACAUUGAGUGGGAUCCCACAGGACGUUAUGUAGCCUCCUGUGUUUCCUGGUGGGGACACAAGGUUGACAAUGCAUACUGGCUGUGGUCAUUCCAAGGCAAGUGCCUCAAGAGACACUCAGUUGAGAAGUUCUGCCAGCUGUUGUGGAGACCUCGGCCACCAUCUCUCCUCCAGUCUACUGAUAUUAAGGAAAUUAGGAAGAACAUGAAGAAAUAUGCAGCCAGCUUUGAGGUGCAAGACAAGAUGCGCUUCAGCAAGGCAAGCAGAGAGAUCAUAGAGAAGAGACAGAAACAGAUGAGUGUCUUUACAGAAUACAGGAAGAAAAUGAUCGAGCAGUUUGAAUCUGACAAAGAACAGCGCCUCAGACUUCGGGGAGGUGAGUGUCAAGAUACUGAUACACUUACUUCAAAUGAAAAUGACUUCGAAGAAGAAAUUGUUGAGUUCUUAAUUAAGAAAGAAGUAAUUCCCGUUGACGACUAGUCCUCAAGAAUUUCCUAUCUCUGGCUGUCUGGUGUUUUGGCCUCGUCAAGUGGUGGUGGUUGCAAGACCUCAGCAACAGGAGCAACAGAGAAUUGUUGCCAACUUGUGUCAAAUACCUGUGGUAUCACACCAGUGAAUGCUAGGAAAUAAAAGAAAAGACUGCUUCACGGGAUUUAAGUGGCCUGCGUGGGAGUACCUUCGUUGGGCUCUUGAAACUGUAUUUUACCAUAAACAUAGUUUUGUAAAAGGAGUGGUCAAGUUGCUUAAUGUUUCAUGUAAAAGUCCUGUUUGAGAAGAGAGAGGGAGAGAGUUUAUAGAUCUUACUCAAAAGUUUAAACUUGUCAUGAUGUCCUUUUGGACAUUUUGGCAUGUCGUAUUAGGGACGUUGUUACAUUAUAGUGGACUAUUUCAUAUUCCUUUUACGAAAAAGAAAGGUUUGGUAAUUAAAUUCUGUAUUAA